UUUGAAGGAAAUCUUUUCUUAACAGCUAAAAAGAACUGCGCUGAGCGUUACAAAGCUGGCGAAAGAAUCAGCGAUGUUUAUACAAUCGACCCUGAUGGUCAAGGUGCCUUUGAUGUGUUCUGUGACCAAACAACAACUGGAGGGGGGUGGACAGUGUUCCAAAAGAGACUGGACGGCUCGGUUGAUUUCUACCGCGGCUGGGCUGACUACAAGCGGGGAUUUGGUAACCUGAAUGGCGAGUUUUGGCUUGGAUUGGACAAGAUUAACCGGCUGACCAAAUCAAAUAACAGGCUUCGAGUUGAUCUGGAGGACACUACAGGCAAAACCGCUUACGCUGAAUACGACAUGUUUGCAGUUACAAGCGACAGGACUAAGUACCAACUUAGUCUAGGAAGUUACUCAGGUAAACUACAGACAUAGCGUGUGAAAAAUUGCAUUUAAUGUUGUAUUUUUAUUCGCCUCCUCUCACUUGUCUUGCCUUCUUUAUUGUCCUUAGUUAUAUUAAUAACCUUGGAAACUUAAUAACUUUAUGGAGAUUCAAAAGGAACUUAUCAACUAUUCCCAAAUUAACCCCUCUCAUUCACUUAAAUACUUUAUAUAACCUUCAGGUAUUCUUGAAUAUUCUUUUCCUAGGAACUGCAGGUGACUCUUUAUCUUCCCAUCGUAGCCGGCCAUUUGCCACUAAAGAUAAUGGUAGCGAAUCAUCCCGUAACUGUGCCUUGACCUUCAAAGGAGCUUGGUGGUACCAUGGAUGUCACCAGUCCAAUCUGAAUGGUUUUUAUCACCAUGGUUCACAUUCAUCGUAUGCUGAUGGUGUCAACUGGAAUGCAUGGAAAGGAUAUUACUACUCUGUAAAGAGAGCUGAGAUGAAGAUCAGACCGGUGAACUUUUAGAGCUAUCUUAGAGUGCCAUGAAGAUCACCACCCCUAACAAGCUGAGCAUAGACUUUGAAUAUGAUAGACAGUUCGACCAUGGUAUACCAACGUUGUAGAACUAUUGGUAGAGUCAAUUGCUGUUAGCCGGAUAAUAAGCGUUUCUAGGCGUUUCCGUUUUUCUAGUUGUAUGAUUUAAAGAUAUACGUAUUUCGACAAGUUAUUAUGCCAGCCUUCACUUAACUUUCCUUCGGUAGGGUAGCCUGCGUAGCAUGGCGGUUUUGGUUGGGCGCGCUAAGUAAUGAGGGCGGGCGAGGGCAGAGAAACCGCGACGAGAUUGGGGCGGGAGCAACUCUCGCGGCUUCGCCGCUCGUUCUCGCGCUUCGCGCGCGAAUUUCGCGGCUACGCCGCUCGUGCGCCCGGCUCGACAAUACCGCCAUGCUACGCAGGCUAUCGGUAGGGUAUAUUGAUAGAUGAAUAAAGUCACAUGACAUGUUAAUCUUGUAUAUGGAAUAGAUUUUUAAAGCAUCUAAAUAACCUAGGCAUGAAAGUUGUCUCCAGUGGAAAGCCUCACCACUGGUUACCGGUAAGAGCCCAUAAACUCCUGUUACCAGCCAGUUUCAAACGGUCAGUCUGAAACGUUAGGUGUUAUGCUUUGAAAAACUGACCCCUAGCGUCUUCUUGAGUGCUCUGUUCCGUUUCGUGGGAAGGUGGGAGGGAGUAGUUACUCUAGAACUGCCCUAGCAUAACCUUUGCUCUAGAACUGCAUGCUUUAUGAAUGCUCCCGUAGAGAAAAUAUAUUAAGACCACCAUUCACACAAUUUUCGUUGAUUCUCCCUUUCAUGGGGUAUCAGUUUUCUUUGCCGUAAAAGAAGUCAUAGAACAUAGAAGACUACAACUGUACAUAAAAAAAUGACAAUACGUUAAGUUACUGACCGUUUUCUAAAUCUUCAAAGUCUACACGAUUCUUACCGAAACUUUUUUCCACUAAUUGGAAAAACUUUACCAUGUUUAAAGAAAGGUGAAGUUUGGCGAAAGGUUUUUUGAAACAAAAUUAUUGCCACGCUUGUCACACAAAGUUUGCCGUCUUCUUUCCUCUCCCGUCCUGCUACGUAAGUUCACUAAUCACUCAUAUGAUUAAAGGCCGAAUUGGACUCCACUCAGUCGCAUUACCAUUAUGAAUUUCCCUUUAAUAGGACCAAGGUUUAAGUUCCACAGCUAAGCAAAAAUUAAGGGAGGUCCCACUCCAUGCCCCGCCAAACUGCUGGAUUCAUUUUCAGAUCAGUAAAUAAUCGAAUACAUUCUAGGAAGGAAUACUUCGGGUCGAUGAUCUAAAAGAUAGAAAAAUAAGUUGCUGUGUAUGCAUUCAUGAUAAAGUGCGUUCUUUUGAAUGCGGAAACCUAAAUUACUAGAUAGUGAUACCCGCAAAAGUUUUCGCUCUGCUUGGUGACCUUUGUCCGAAUUUCUUGCGUUGCCGUCCACUUACUGGCCAAAAAGCUCUUGGUGACAUUUAUGGAAAGUGGUUGUUUCUGCGUUAAUCCAUAAGCCUGCAUGCACACGUUUCCUAUUUUUUGUUUCACACGUCUUUUACACUUGGAACAAAAGAGUAGUCCGCUGUAAUACAACUACUGUCAACUGAAAUCCAACAAGGAAGUAAAAGACAUUUCACGAAUAAAAAUAGCUUCAAAUGGUUAGUACAUAAACUACAGGUGUUAAGGAGGGGUGCGAUUUCACGACUGAGAACACAUUUAGUAAUGUGUGUUUAGUAUAUGUGAGGGAAUUUAUUAUCCUUAUUUACUCUGUAAUACAAGAUAUGCUCAGAUAUCAGAUUCCAAAGUCCAGAAAUGUUUGGUAUCCACCCAUAGCCCAAAAAAACAUAUGGAAAAACAUUGUGUUGGAUAAGAUCAUAUCUGAGUUAAAUCGCGGUUUUCAAUUGUUUAUUAGGACUUUACAUUGCCAUUCAAAGUUGGAAAAGUGAAGAAGCACGAUGUCUUGUGUUUUUGUGUCUUCAAGUUGGAGUCUUCUGAUCUUACUGUUGUUUGAGAACACCCAGCAAACUUUCGCUAAACCAGCAAAGAGACUUGCAGAUGCUGCCUCGGUGCCUAAUCAAACCUAACAUUGCAAUAAUGUGUAUUUCUACGAGGCGCCGAACGAGAAGAUCGCUACAAUGCUGAAAGAAAUAAAGGAACAACUGGGUCAGCUACAAACCGAGAUCAAUAUUCUAAAAGGAAACAAGACUAAUGAGAAAGGUAUAUAUUCCCAACGGUCUGUGUGCCUAGACCAACUCAUGAAGUGCCAUUCAGUCCUUGGGAUUUUUUUCGUGUUAUCAUGAUGAUCAUAAGAGUUUUUAAUAUUUCGAUAAACAGGGAAUGGCAUGAUUACCACUUAUUUAUCUUUAAAACAGAUUUCAUAACUCGAACCUGUACGUUAGGUUUUUGGGCUGUUGAUAGAAAGGCUAGAGCUUUGACUCAAAGCACUUCCUCCUGUGGUGUGGCUGAAGGAAGGAAUUCUUAAUCACGUUCCUACCUAGGGCUAACAAACUCUUGCAAGUUAUUCCCAUAUAAAAAAAAAAAACAGCCUUAAUCCACUUUCUUUAAAACUUAGUACAAAGGGAAAAAAAAUUUAGACUAGCAACUUCUCCCGGUUUUAAAAGAAUGUCGGUCUGUGAAAAACCGAAAAAAGAUAGGAUAAUCAGGAUUCAAAAAAUCGCUGCCUCGAUGACUUAGUUCAUUAACGUAGUUUUCUCAAAAUAAUAUCAGUUGUGCUCUGAUGAUCUCAUUAAGAAAUCGUUUGCAGAUAGAAUAAUAUUCUAGGUGUCUACAAUUAUUAGUAACAUGGCUCCUACCUCUGAGGAGACUCUUAUUCCCCCAAAGGAGACCAAUCUGCGUGUGGCGCAGGAAUUAUUUUAUCCCAAAAAUUCACCCUUUGAGCCCUAAGAGUCACCAGCAUCAAAUUUCUCCUUGUAAUAUCAAUGCUUUAGAAAACAGAGUGGUCAUGAGAAUUGAGUACAUGAUCAGGGAAGAUGAGUCUAUCUGAUAUUUCAACAAAUUCUCCCAACUACUUCUAUUGAAAGAGUAUAAGGCCAGUAAAUGAGAAUCUCAAUUUUAAUCUAAGGGUUUAAAAGGUUAAAGGAGCCGUGCUCUAAUACAGUGUGAUCUCAUUUAUCCAUUUCUUUGCGAAUAACACUAAGCGAUAUCUUCAUGAAUAAAAAUGUUGCCUUUCUUUCCUAAACAUAGUAAGUGAGACCAAAAUCUGCAAUAAUUCUUUCCCUAUGCAUGCUAGGCGCCGAACAUCCUUGUCAUUUUCAUAACUGGAAAUACGUGCAUUGCAUACCCUCGUGAGGCCCGGGAGAGGAGGCUUUAUAAUGUUAGGGAUGGGAGUGACGGAUAGCGGGAGAGAAAUAGAGUAAAUUGUGUAAUUAGGCAGUGCGGGUUUCAAAACCGGCGCAUAAUCACAAUUGAAAAUAAUAUAAGUCAAUCUUUUCUGAACAGCUAAAAAGAACUGUGCUGAGCUUUACAAAGCUGGCGAAAGAAUCAGCAGUGUUUAUACAAUCGACCCUGAUGGUCAAGGUGCCUUUGAUGUGUUCUGUGACCAAACAACAACCGGAGGGGGGUGGACAGUGUUCCAAAAGAGACUGGACGGCUCGGUUGAUUUCUACCGCGGCUGGGCUGACUACAAGCGGGGGUUUGGUAAC